AUGGCUCCCCAACCAUCUUCACACAACGUUCCCGGCCGGCGCUCCGAGAACCGCCUUGGCUUCACCAAAACGUACAACUUCUGGCUUUUUGUGGUUUUUGGCGGUGUACUCGGACUUUUCUCUCUAGUACGACUCGUCUUCCUCGAUUUUUCAGGCAAGCGUUGUCCCGCCAUGGCACCGGGAGAAUGCUACUACUACCUCAACUUCAGUCGUUACAAGAUCGGCAUGCUGAUUCAUCUGGUUGGCGUGCUGCCUGCCAGCUUGAUUGCCGUCACACAAUUCAUGCCGGUGAUCCGGCGUCGCUGGAUGAUUGUACAUCGCGUUGGUGGAUACGUGUCGCUGAUUCUCUACUUGUUCAGCAUUUUCGGGGCUUUUAUGAUCGCACGACGUUCGUUUGGUGGCGGGCUAGAUGUGCAAAGCUUUGUCGGUGUUGCGGGCUUUGGUUCGCUGAGCUGCUUCGCCAUCAGCUAUAUCAACAUCAAACGCCUGCAGAUUGAGCAGCAUCGAGCAUGGAUGUUGCGAGGCUGGUUCUACGCUGGAUCCAUUGUUACGAGCCGCUUCAUCACCGCCAUCUCCGCUCAGAUCAUCGCUAAUCAAGGAUACUAUAUUGUGUGGACGUGCGCAAAGAUUGCCGACACGAUUUCCAAGGAUGUUAAUCUCGCAACUUCGUAUCCAUCGUGUGCUGCAUACGCCAAUGGCACAGACCCCGAAGCAGUAUCGGCAGUUGCAGCAAAAUUUGCUGGAGGAAACAUAGCGACCAUUGGCGCAGCAUUGAACGUGGUAUUUGGUAUGGCGCUGUGGGUCUCUCUUGCACUACACGCUGUUGGCGUCGAGGUUUACCUUUACCUUACGCCAAGUGAGACCAAGAGGUUGAGAGAAAUAAGUUAUCAGAAGCAAAUAAAAGCGGGGAUGCGCAAUCCAGACUCGAGUGAUCUUUCAGCGCAUCGGUUGGGUGGUUCAUACAAACGGUCCCCUAGAGCCACUCCGGAGAGUAAUAUGGCCUCGUCAGUAUAUGGGACAAUAGCGCCUGAUUCUCGUAUAAACACCAAAUGA